UUAUAUGUUUGCGGUGGCCUAAGUCUUGUUCCAGUCUUUCCUGCCUGGUUCGAUCCAGAGAGCACCAUGGCGAUGGUGUCCCGCUUCGCCUUCUUCCUUCUCUGGAUCUCGGUGCUGUCGUCCACCACGCACUCCGAGCUCGUGAUCUCGAGAAUCGAUCGACGGGUUGAUUUGUCUUCUCACAUUGUACGGGCCCUAUUCUCAAUGAAGGUAGAGAAUGUUGGCAGUAAAGUUGUAUCUGAAGUUUUGCUGGCUUUUCCAAACAUGCAAGCAAAGAACUUGGCAGCAAUAAAAACGUUAUAUAAUGAAGGGAGAGGAAAAGUGAAAGCUUCUAGUGUUAGCCUUCCUACUGCAGUUGUUGAGCCAGAGGGGAUGCCCCCAGAAUUGACCUUUUACUCCGUAUCUUUACCUAAAGGUUUGGAGAAGGGAGGAACUGUGAGUUUGGAUGUUUUGGCCGUAUUUGCUCAUUCUCUACAACCAUUUCCCGAGGAGAUUACUCAAGCUGAUGGACAGCUUGUUGUAUAUCAGGAUAGUGCUUACUAUUUGUCUCCUUACACAGUAAAGGUCCAGACUCUUGGUAUAAGAUUGCCUGGUGGAAGAGUCGAGUCUUAUACAAAAUUUCCAAAUGCAAAGCUUGUUGACUCAGAAAUUACGUAUGGCCCGUUCGAAAACCUUCCGGCCUUCUCCUACUCACCUGUAAUUGUUCAUUUUGAAAAUAACUAUCCUUUUGCAGUGGCACAUGAACUAGUGCGUGAGAUUGAGAUUUCUCACUGGGGUAAUGUUCAAAUUACAGAGCACUACAACCUUGUUCAUGGAGGUGCCAAGACAAAAGGCGGUUUCUCUAGGCUUGAUUAUCAAGCCAGAUCAUCCGUUAGGGGGGCUUCAUCAUUUAGUCAUCUAAUUUUUAGAUUGCCACCAAGGGCUCACUCUAUAUACUAUAGAGAUGAAAUUGGAAAUAUUUCAACAUCACAUUUCUGGGGUGAUUCCAGAAAGACACAACUUGAAAUAGAACCUAGAUUCCCAAUAUUUGGUGGGUGGAAGACAUCUUUUACAAUUGGCUAUGGUUUACCAUUACAAGAUUUUCUAUUCAAGGUGGAUGGAAAGCGGAUGCUUAAUAUCACAUUUGGUAGUCCCAUGGAUGAGGUCAUUGUUGACAAUCUUAUUGUGAAGGUUGUUCUCCCUGAAGGUUCAAAUGGAAUUUCUGCUUCUGUUCCUUUUCCUACGAAACAAGGAGAAGAGAUAAAAUAUUCCCAUCUAGAUAUUGUUGGAAGGCCUGUAUUAGUCCUAGAAAAGAGUAAUGUUGUUCCGGAGCAUAAUCUCUAUUUUCAGGUGUACUACCAUUUCAACAACCUCUCGUUGCUUGGGGAGCCAAUGAUGCUGAUUUCUGGCUUCUUCCUCCUUUUUGUUGCUUGCAUUGUUUACAUGCACACCGAUAUGUCAAUCUCAAAGUCUUCUGCUUCGUAUCUUGCAAAAAUUCAAUUAGAGGAGGUGCAAGCAACAGUUCAGCAGAUCCAGAAUAUCAUCAAUCAAUGUUUAGCAGUCCAUGACAAGCUGGAUGCUUCCCUACGAGAUCUCUCGAGGACAGGAGAUGUCCAAUCAUGUAAAAUAGCUCGUAAGACAGCUGAUGCACAACUCAAAGAAUUGGUCAAGGAGUUGAAGCCAUUGGUGACGUUUCUUCACCAUUCUCCUCAGGCUUCCCAUAUAUGGCCAAAGGUAGAGGAGCUGGUUGCAAAGGAGAAAGAUAUGCAAGAGAAGAUGUUUCUGAGACAUUCCACGGUGGUUGAUUGUUUUGAGAAGAAACUUGGUGGGCGAGAAAUAGAGAACCGCGUUGCAUCACAGCAGCAGAAAUUAGCGGCCUUGAGGCAAGAGGUCGACGAUCUUUUGGAGUUCCUCGAUGAGAUCUAGAACAAACCAUCAUCUCAUCAUAUGAGAUUUUUCUUUAAGAUUUUGAUGUCAAAUCUUGCAUGAGCCCAAAAAUGUUAUUCUAUCAUGUUGGUAUUUAAGUUUACCGAACCACAUCAUCUGAGGUCAUAUUAGGACAUCCAGGGACAAGACAGCACCUUUUUCUUGAACAUGAAUGUCAUGUGUGUAGAUGUUAUGGCUGC